CUUUAUACAGCACUGUUUAUAGUACUUUCUAUGUAAACAAAACACACACAGACAAACUAGCUAACCAGCUAGCCCCGCAGUCGCCAUGGUUACAUCAGCAGUGGCGUUCCGAACGCGCGCAUUAUGACGUCACACAGCUCACCGUUCUUCACCAAGAAUCAGCGACAGGAUCAUCAGUAGAGCUUCAGUCACAGCAGGAGAGCUGUCCUGUAGUUUCUAACUCAGAUCGAGAGUCGUCGUUUGAGUUAAAUCGACUAUCAAUAACUUCUACAAUGAAGAACCACUUGCCUAAAAACAUGCGCGAUUUUGCACACCGGAUCCUGGAAAGUAAAUUCUUUCUGAAUUUCAUGACAUUUAUGAUCCUGGUGAACGUCAUCGUGCUGGUUGUCCUCUCAGAAAUUUCCAAAAAAACGGACCCAACCUCGCAGAAGAUCACUCUGGCUCUGAAUGUGGUGGAUUGGGGCAUAACUGCUGCGUGUAUCCUGGAGCUGAUCCUUAGAUGGGUGGAAGAUUUUUGGGGGUUCUGGAAGAGGAAAUGGGACCUUUUUGAUUUUACGAUCACGGUCAUGUCCAUCCUUCCAGAGAUCAUUGGAGUUCUCACUGAAAAAGACAACACUUCAGGCAUUUUGAUGAUUCUCCGCCAGCUCCAGAUCCUUCGUGUACUAAAGUUCAUCAUAAGAAUCAAAGCGUUGAGACUUACAGCGAUGAUCAUCAUGCAAAGUUUAAAGGGCGCCAUGGCCCCAUUUCUGCUUAUAAUUGUUUGCGGAUAUUUGAACGCUGUGGUGGGGAUUGUCCUGUUUGAGAAAUACACUAACUCAGACGUUGAAGAUCUUAUCUACAAGAACAACUUCAAAAACCUUGGCAAUGCCGUCGCCACCCUCUUCAUUCUGUUCACUGGAGAUAACUGGCACGCCCUAAUGAGAGACACAUGGAAAGUUCCAGAGCUGUCAAACACCGCUAUUAUUAUCUUCAUUAUCAUCUGGGAUAUACUAGCUGGUUUCAUGUUAAAGAUGGUCUUUACGGCUGAUGUGGUCAAUAAUAUUGAGUAUUCGAGAAGGGAGCUGAACAAAGACAUGGAGCAGAUUAAACAGCUGAAAGAGGGGGAGGUUCUAAAAGAACAGAGGAUGAGCAGCUCCAGCACUGAAGAUGAAGACAUAGCCUGGGACGCAUAUAAACUAAAAAUGCUUCAGGAGAUCAGUGGACAGGAGGUGCAGCAGUUGGUCUGGCCCAAGAGUCACCUUAUGAGGUACCUGGAGGUGAUGGAGGAGCUGCAUGAGUGCCAGGAGGAAAGGGAGAGGAUGCAGAAACUUGAAGUUCAGUCAUAUCUGAAUCUGCACAACUCCUGAGGUGCUCCUUCCGAAAAACGACCUGGCCAGGACUUCUUCAUGACAUCUUCAUUUGACCAUUAGAGGACUUCAGCACUUUAGAUAAUCUAAAAUUCAGUUCAGCAGAGGGUGGUGCCAUAAAAAGAUAGAUGCCAUCGAUUACAUAUCUGUAAUGUGGCUAAAUCGAGUUGUUAGCUAUCCGGUGUCGACCCAAGGAGGAUGGGUUCCUUUUUUGAGCCAGGUUCCUCUCAAGGUUUCUUCCUGUUAAUAUGAGGGAGUUUUUCCUUGCCACUGUCGCAACUCGCUUGCUCAAAAGAGGCGUGGACCCGGAGCUCUAUAAAUCUGUUUUCUAAUAGCUGGCGUUGUUAAAAAGUGAUAUAUGAUUAUAGUAAUCUUGAAUUGAAUUGAAAUAAUAGUACCCAGAGUGGCGCUACAGUAGUCUGGGGAAUGCCCCUCCCUAGUGUAACCCCUUUUAUGUUGAGGUGCUUUUGAUUGGAGAAAGUAGUCGUGUAAGGUUCUUUUAUUUGGAGUUUAAAAAAACAAAAAUGAAGAGCGCCAGGAAGGAGUCCAUCACCCCAACAGUUUCCAGAGCACCGGACAUAGAUCCAUCAACUCCCGAGUGCGAUGCGAACCAUUAGUGACAUAAGAUCAGGAUAACGCUAAUAGUUACACACAGCACUGUAUAUCAUAAUCCUUAGAAGACUGUUAUCCUCGAGGAUCUUUUCUUAAUCUUGAUUUUACCAUUAAACAUUGUUGUGAUCAGG